AUGGCGUCGAUUGUAAGCACGGCCGGAUUAGCUUCUUGCGGUCACAGAAAACCAUCAAUGGAGGGUUUGAAACUGGGUAGCAGAAAAGCUAUCACCUUCGGGACCCAAUUGGCCUACCCUGUUUCCUCUUCUUCUGGUUGUGGUUAUAGCAGAAGGAUGAAGCCCAUGGUCGUGGUGAAAGCAGAGGCUCAACCCAUAAACCCUGAAAUUAGGAAGAGCGAGGAAAAGGUUGUGGACUCUGUUGUCGUCACUGAACUCUCUAAGCCCCUCACAGUUUAUUGCAGGUGUUGGAGGUCAGGGACUUUCCCUCUGUGCGAUGGAAGCCAUGUAAAGCACAAUAAAGCUACUGGAGACAAUGUUGGACCAUUGCUCCUCAAGAAGCAGUAA